CGAAAUGACUAUCCCCCUCACUCAGGCAGCUGUGAGGGAGAGUGAUGUAAUUGGCCUAUUCCGCUAUAGAAAUACGUGGCCACUCUGCAUUGAAUUCUUGAGGACCGGGAAGAUUGAUGUGAAGCCCCUCAUAACUCAUAGGUUUGGAUUCUCGCAAAAGGGUAUCGAAGAAGCUUUCCGAACCAGUGCUGCUGGUGGCAAUGCCAUUAAAGUCAUGUUUAAUCUGUAAUCCAUCCUUUGUCAAAUGAGGGUUGGAAUUAUCUGCAUAUAAUCUAUAAAAGAUGUCAAUUCUUAUGUUGACCCAGUGCCAUGCAUGUACCUCAUUCCUGAUUCUAAUAGCAUCUCGAAAUGGUUUUUCUUCAUA